AUGAAUUCUGAAAAUUAUAACAAUAAUAGGGAAUUAGAUUAUAAUAAGAAAGAUAAUGGAUAUCAGAGUUACAAAGACAAGUUUACAAAUGAAGAAGAUAAAGAUAUGUUGUAUGACAAUGAAAACUAUUCUAAUGAGAUGGCUUAUAAAUCUAAUGAUGUGUCUUAUAAAUCUAAUGAAAUGUCUUAUAAAGAGAACAGCAUGUCAUUUAAGAACGAAUCUCCAAAUGAUCCAUUUAUGAUUAAACAUAGAAAACGUACAUCUAAAAAGCAAUUAGAAGUGUUAGAAAAAACAUUUGAGACUUGUAUUAGACCAGAUAGUAAAACAAGGAAGAAAUUGGGGGAUCAACUUAAUAUGACUCCUAGAGCGGUACAAAUAUGGUUUCAGAACAGAAGAGCUAAAAUUAAGAAGUUAAGCGGUGAAUAUAAAUCCAGUAAAAAGAAAGCAAUAAAAAAGACUAAGAAAAAUAACCAAGUAGCAGAAUCAAAUCAAUAUUAUGAUGAAAAUAAUUAUGCUGGAUCUUAUAUUAAUAGUAAGAGAAUGUAUGAUGGACACUAUAUGGCUGAACCAUCUCCUUAUGUAACAGAUCCUUCUCAAUAUCGUACAGGUAGAAUGUACAUGGACUAUGACAAUAAACAUCACGAGAUAAAUAAAGUACAUUAUGAUCCAAAUGAUAUGUAUUCUAUGAAUAAGUCAAAGUAUGAUAUGAAUCAUUAUAAUGAUCAUCAAUAUGAUAUGAGUAGAUACACUGUUUCUCAUCCUUAUAUGGAGGCUAGUAAUUAUCAAGAUUCAAACUUUGUUAAUGAUGGAAGAUACAACACUGAACUGUACGGUAACUAUAUGAAUUCGUAUUACUAUGGGAAUAAUGCCUAUAAAUAUAACGGUGAACAAGAGGAGGGUUAUCCUAAUCAUGACGAAUAUUAUUAUAAAAUGGGACAGAAUGGAAUGGGGUAUUAUCCUCAACAAGGUGGUGGAUAUUAUUAUGUAGACGAAAAUACUAAUGAAAAUAAUAGCGAAUUUGUUGAUAAACAUGAUAAAUAA